GCAAAAUAUAAGUUACUUAUGUGGAAGGGGAAAGGGCUGUCACAAUGAGUUUCUUUGAAAAGCUGAAAAACUUACAUUGUGGACCUCCUGCUACACCCAAACGAAUAGAUAUCAAUGCGGAAUGUGGUUGGUCUGAAGAUGAUUUAAAUGAGGAAGACGGUGAUACAUAUGAAGCUCCCCCUUGUGAGCGCCCUACCAUCAAAGUUCAACAUCGGCAUUUAGAAGAGAAUGUAUACCUUGGCUACCCAGAGAGGCCUAUCAACUUCAUAAAUCCCCAAAGACAAGUAGCACCACCACCAAGACCAGCCAAGAGCAUACCUAAAAUGAAACCACCUAAGCCACUACCUGACCAAGAGCAGUUCUCCAACAGUUCCAACAACAGAAAAUGUCCUGACACCUCCCAUAACUGGGCCAGUAAAAAAAUGGCCCCUAGAAAGAACCCUCCACCUUUACCUGCUUCUCACCAAGAUGAAGAUGUUUACCUGGAUCCAAAUGAAGGACAGCGUGAAAGACAAACUACACAUGAUUUAUAUGUGGAACCUACAACAGUAGUGAAAGAUCUUCCUCUACCUGUUAUGAAGCCACCUGUCCCCAGAGCAAAAUCUAACUCUCUCAUCACCAGUGACAUGGCAGAUGUGAAGGUCCACAAUAUUCCUGCCCAUGUACCAUUGCCAAUCCAAAAUAUCAGACAUCCUCUUGCUAUUGAGGCCUUAAAUGAUGCCAAGCCCAGCUCACCCAUUUCUCCUUCUGUAGAUGGCACUGCACCAGUGGAACACUCUGGAGGAAAGGGGCGUGGGCUGAAAGACAAAGAGUGGUUUGCUGGAAUAUGUGGACGCAAAACUGCAGAGGACACCUUACUGAAAGUUAAUAAGGAUGGCUCCUUCAUGGUUAGGUGCAGCACGGCCCAGAAUGCAGCACAACCUUUUACUUUAGUUGUUCUUUUUAAUCAAAAAGUCUACAACAUUCCUGUUCGCUUUCUGAAGGACUCCAGCAGCUAUGCCCUGGGCAAAGAGGGAAAGAAAUGUGAAGAGCUUUUUAGCAGUCUGCAGGAGAUGAUUACUCACCACAAGGACAACCCCCUUUUGCUCAUUGACAGCAAGAGUCAGGCUAAACAAACAACAUAUCUCACACACCCUGUACACUUGUAACAAACCAAAAUACAUGCAGACAUGUAUACCAUACUCCAUACUCUGAUAAUCAGUUAGGAUCAGUAGUUGAUAACCAGUAAGAUAUAUAUAGUAAUACAUUGAUAUAUAAUAGUUUAUUCCAUUUGAUCCAAUAGGUUUAAGUCUAUUUAUCUUUUCUUUUACAGUGCAGAAUUUAACAGAGAUUAUACUGCAAUUAUUUAGUGAUUUUUCAGAGGUGUCUAGUUCCCAAAUGCUUCUAAUGCUUUUCUUUAAUUAAGGUUUAUAUUAGGGUCUUUUUUUAGCAGCAAAUUCAUUAUUAAGAUUUGCAAAUUCCAAUCUGUGCAAGUCUUGGUGUGUGUCUGGACCGGGUAAUAGUGGCACAUGUAUCUGCAUGUCAGCAGUCAUUCACACUAAGGACAGACUCACAGUUCCUCAAAGCCUAGAGUAAACAGAACAGCCUUGACCAUAUGGCUUAUAUAUACUUUUCAUGAUUUUUAAUGUUUAAUUGUUUAUUUGUUUUAGGCUUUCAUUUCAGAGUACUUUAAGACAUACAUUGAAACUGCAUAAUUAUUAAUAACAACUGGAAAUAUUGAAGCUUGCUAAAACAUUUGACUGUUAGUGUAUAUGCUAAUAUUCUUCAAAAUAAUAAACAGAUAAUAAUAAUAAUCUUUCAGCUAUUACUUAAUAUUUUAACCUAUGCACCACUAUAAUGCCUUUAUUACUUAUUUUAUCAUGCAGUAUUAUUAUCGUUUAUGGUUUGUGUGCCUGCGUCCUGAAGCGGCCAUUGUCUGCAGGUGUUAAGUUAAAAAAUCAAUUAAAUGAAAAGGGGCACAAGUAAUCAUGAAAAACUACAUAUCAUUCAAAAGUCAAUUACUACUAAAGCAUUAAUUUUCUUUAAUGGAACACUUAUAAGGAAUGUAUUUGCUGAAUUGGGGGGAGGAAGUAUUAUUUGUAUUCAUUAAAAAAUAACUUUCACUCAAAACACAUAAAAAGAAGCAUGGUUUUAUAACCUAUAGAGUUACAAACACAAUGAGACUUCUUCCAUUAGGGGUCGCCACAGUGGAUCAUCCUUCUCCAUACCCACUGUCCUCUACAUCUGCCUCUUUCAACCGAACUUACCUGCAUGUCUUCCC